CCCCUUCACCUUGCAGCCCUGCAGCCAUGUUCUCAGAGGUCACCCCCCAGCCGGGGCACACCCUGCUGGGCCCCCCCUCGGCCGAGCCCCCCACCUUUCCCCGCGCCGGUAGCGACUUUGCCGACCGCUCGCAGCCCUUCCGCCUGGGGGAGCGCAGCUUUGGCCGGCAGUACGCACACCUCUACGCCACGCGGCUGCUGUGCAUGCGGCCCCGCCUGGAGCAGCAGGCACGGCUCCGAUGGGGUGAUGGCGUGCUGCUGCGGAAGCUGUGCCAGCUGCAGGCAGGCGAGCGGUGCUGCGUGGUGGGGACGCUCUUCAAGGCCAUGCGGCUGCAGCCCUCCAUCCUGCAAGAGAUCAACGAGGAGCACAACCUGGUGCCGCAGCCCCCCCUGGCCAAGUAUGUGGACCCAUCGGAUGAGCUGGUGCUGGAGGACGAGCUGCAGCGCAUCAAGCUGACGGGGAGCAUUGAGGCGUCGAGGCUGGUGACAGGCGCUGUGCUCGCCGUGUAUGGCCACGAGCAGGAGGAUGGGAAGUUUGUGGUAGAGGAGCACUGCUUCGCCCACCUGCCCCCGCAGCUGCCGUGGCAGGGGCCCAGCACCGAUAGGUUUGUGUUGCUGGCCUCCGGGCUGGGGUUGGGCAGCGGCAGCGGCGAGUCCCUGCUGGGCACACAGCUGCUGGUGGAUGCGGUGACGGGGCAGCUGGGUGCUGAGGGCCAGCAGAGCUGUGCUGCGCUCAUCUCCCGCGUCCUGCUGGCUGGGAACCUUCUGAGCCAGAGCACACAGAGCCGUGACAGCCUGCACAAGACACAAGCUGCCAGCGUGGAGGCGGUGAAGAUGCUGGAUGAGAUCCUGCUGCAGCUCUGUAGCUCCGUGCCUGUGGACGUGAUGCCUGGAGAGUUUGACCCCACCAACUACACGCUGCCACAGCAGCCGCUGCACCGCUGCAUGCUGCCCCUCUCCAGCGCCUACCCCACACUGCAGCUCGUCACCAACCCUUACCAGGCUGACGUGGAUGGCGUCCGAUUUUUGGGGACGUCGGGGCAAAACAUCAGCGAUAUCUUCAAGUACAGCAGCAUGGAUGACUACCUGGAGAUCCUGGAGUGGACGCUGCUGGCAGGACACAUCAGCCCCACGGCCCCCGACACACUGGGCUGCUACCCCUUCUACAACUCUGAUCCCUUCAUCCUCACCGACUGCCCACACGUUUACUUCUGCGGCAACGCGCCCAAGUUCCAGUCCAAGCUGCUGACAGGGGAGGAUGGGCAGCGGGUGCUGCUGGUGGCAGUGCCAGCCUUUAGUGCCACGCAGACCGCCUGCCUCGUCAACCUGCGCGACCUCAGCUGCCAGCCCAUCAGCUUCUCCGUCUUUGGUGCCGAGGAUGACAGUGACAUGGAGGUGGGGCAGUGACAGCACGGCACAGACAUCACCUCAUCCCCCUCUGGCGCUGUACGGUGGGAGAAGCAAUGCGGUGCUGCUACCAAUACAGCUUUGUUUAUUUGUGUAACAAAA